AUGAACCUUGUGCCCGUCUUCGAGACGGCCGACACCACCCCACGCCGCUAUUUCACAUGCUUCGAGGAAGAGUACGAUGUCAUCGAAGACUGGGUGGCCCAGCACAAGCUCACAUACAACCACUUCUUCGCUUCCUACACCAACUACACUAUCAAGGCCGCUCAGAGGUACUCCAACCUCAAGCAAGCGCAGCUUCUCGAACGGUUUCCGGUAGUGGAAUUCGCGAUGAUGUCCCCUCUUCUCGACUUCGUGACGGAGAAGGGCGAACGCGUCAGCAACUCCAUCGACAUCAAGAAUGCGCUGGUCGACUACGCGGUCAUCUACGAAGCGGGCCCUACGUACGGCGAGGUGGACAUCAAGAACAAGGAGGCCAAUGAGCGAUUUCCAAACCAAAUUCCCUCUGGGCUCUUCGGCGGGGAGAAGGAGAAGGCGAAAAAGGCGAAGAAGACAAUGAGGCACAAGACCAACAAGACCAUUGUGCGGAUGGAGGGGGUGGAUCUUGGAUGCGGCGAGGAUGGGGACGAGGCGAAGGAGGAUGAGGCGUGA